GCGCGAGGGGUGGGCGGGGCGGAGGGCCGGACGCAGCCGACCUGAGUGUUAAGCUGCCGUCGCGGCCUCAGUCUGGGAGCCGGGAGGGCGGCGAAGCCGGAGCAGGACGUGGCCACGCCAGCGCGGCGGGAUAUGCGGUGCCCAUUAUAAGCUGCUAAGAGUUGCCUUCCACGUAGCCCACCAGCACCAUGAAAUCCAAUCCUGCCAUCCAAGCUGCCAUUGACCUCACGGCAGGGGCUGCAGGGGGCACUGCAUGCGUACUGACCGGGCAGCCCUUUGACACAAUGAAGGUGAAGAUGCAAACGUUCCCCGACCUGUACCGAGGCUUCACAGAUUGCUGCCUGAAGACCUACUCCCAGGUGGGCUUCCGCGGCUUCUACAAGGGCACCAGCCCAGCUCUGAUCGCCAACAUCGCAGAGAACUCCGUGCUCUUCAUGUGCUACGGCUUCUGCCAGCAGGUGGUGCGGAGAGCAGCUGGGUUGGACAAACAGGCAAAGCUGAGUGAUCUGCAGAAUGCGGCCGCUGGAUCCUUCGCCUCUGCCUUUGCCGCACUGGUGCUUUGCCCCACGGAGCUCGUGAAGUGCCGACUGCAGACCAUGUACGAAAUGGAGACGUCGGGAAAGAUAGCCCAGAGCCAGAAUACAGUUUGGUCUGUUGUGAAGACUAUCCUUAGAAAGGAUGGCCCCUUGGGCUUCUACCAUGGACUCUCAAGCACUUUACUUCGAGAAGUACCGGGCUAUUUCUUCUUCUUCGGUGGCUAUGAACUGAGCCGGUCGUUCUUUGCAUCAGGGAGAUCAAAAGAUGAACUAGGCCCUGUGCCUUUGAUGUUAAGUGGUGGAAUUGGUGGAAUUUGCCUGUGGCUUGCUGUAUACCCAGUGGAUUGUAUCAAAUCCAGAAUUCAAGUUCUUUCCAUGUCUGGAAAACAGGCAGGAUUUAUCGGAACCUUUCUAGGUGUUGUGAAAAAUGAAGGAAUAACAGCCUUAUAUUCUGGACUGAAACCUACUAUGAUUCGUGCAUUCCCUGCCAAUGGGUCGCUAUUUUUGGCCUAUGAAUACAGCAGGAAGUUGAUGAUGAGCCAACUAGAAGCAUACUGAAGUGUCUUGGUGGGCCUGGAUCCAAGCACAGGCAUUUUGAGGACUUCUGUUCAUCUCAGGGUUUCACAGAGUAUGAGAACAACGUGGAAUUAUUUUGAAUUCUUGGGAAUUUUGUCUUUCCUUUUUCUACUCUGUCUUAAACUUUAUGGAAGGACCUCUCUUUUACAUCAUAUAAUUUCUGCCCACAUUGUAUUGCUCUUAACCUUGAUAGAAUAUGCAGGAUGGCUGAUGGUCCUAUGCACCUAACUUGAAAGGCUGAAUAUAGUUUUAUCAGGGCAUUAUUUCUGCAUGAAUCUAUAUAUAUUCAUUUUGUAUAGUUAUAUGAUGAGGGAAAUAUAAUUUGGUUUCAUGUUUAAUUUCAAAUAUCAGAAAACCCAGAGGUGGUCAUUUUUUACCAAAUGGUUAUAAAUAAUUGCUUAAACCAUUCUAGAUGUAGGAUCUCUAAAGUCUGCUGAACCUGUGUACUGAGAGGUUAAACUAAAAUACCUAUCUAGAUUUUUAGUAGAGUAUACCUGCAUACUGAUGUGGCUUCCACAUUCUUGAUCAAGCUACAGAGUAGGCAUCUUGGAUUUUCCCAAGAAGCUUUACUCUUAUAAUAGUGCCAUUCAUUUUGUGUGUGGGCUUAUAUUCCACACUUGACUGUGUUGCUAGGUGUAUCCUGGAAGAUCAGGCCUUUGGGAAGCAGCAGUAGCCUUCACCAACUUCCCUUUUUCUCCUUUCCCAAAGAGCUUCCCUUGUGCUGGGCUGUAGGCUGAGGAAAGGGCCUGGAGAUGGGCCGUUUGAUGAUGGCUGACAGCAGCUCUUAACCUAAUUCCGUCUCUGGGUCUUGGCCUGGGGUGUUCUGUUGGCCCAGAUCCAGGGCUGCUGAUCCACUUUGCACCACCCAUUGUCCUCUCUGCCCCACCAGUCAGAAGUCCUCCCAGGGAAUAGAGUGCCAAAGUCAAAAGAAGCCUUUGCUCCUUGUUUGGUGAUCAAGUAAUGGUGUUUCAUUGGUGAAACCCUAUUCUCUUAGAACUAGAAAGUGCUUAGAGUUUAGAUUUCAUAGUGAAUGAUGGCAGAACUAACCCAUUCUGAAGUUUACCUCAGAAUCCACAACUACUUGCCACGUUUUUUCAGUGUGAGAGCCUUCUGCAUUUAGUUUAUGAAUUUUAAUGAGUACAGAUGUGUGAGUUUAUAAAGCAGUGUAACAUAAGAAAAGCAAUUUUACUGAACUAGGUGUAUAUAAUAUAUGUUUCAACCAGGAAAAAAACCUACAGUUCAUCUGAUCCCCAUAGAUUUGGGAUAGGCAACUGUGGUAUAAGAGGGUCAUUCUUAUCACCAUCAUUCCAUGCUACUCCAAGACAAUGGGGGCACUCUCAGUAAAAAGUUUUCUUAGACAACCUGUAGAGUAGAAAUCAGGCAGGCUGACAAUUUUAACUAGUCUUGCCUUGUGUGUCUGUCCCUGUGGGCAGAAUGUGUUGGGCAGUACCUUCAGUUUCCUUCAGCUUUCUACUAUCAGCCAAGCCUCUGGCAACUCUUAGCCAUGGUGUCAGGAGAAUAGGGUCAGGAAAGCAAGGUACAGAGUGGAGAGCCAGGGACAUUUGGAAUGGGGAUGCUCGUCAUGCCUGAUGUGUUCAAGCUAGAGCUGGUCCUUCAUUUGCUUUUUCUUUAUGAGAAAACCAUUUUUUCUCCCUACUUUUCUCUCCAUACAUAAAUGCUCAGUAGCUGCUGAAUGGUGCUUCAUCUGAACAGGCAUGAAUUGAAGCAAAAUAGAACAUGGGACUGGCUUCUAAACAGAAAACUGCUUUAGAGUCCACAGCCUCUUGCCUGGUGCCCAGGAGCUAGUCCAUGUUAGCUCUUUUUGGCAGUAGAUCUUCUCACAGGCUGUCCAUUCAAGAUUUAACUAAAUAUCUUCCAUAGAAAUAGUCUUCAGCAGUGGAAGUGAGCAAUGGAAACCUAAGUAAGUGUGGAGAAUUUCUUUCUAUUUAAUUUGUGAUUCAAUAUUUGGGUAUGGUUGUACCAUUUCAGAUCUGUACUCCAGACAAAAAUAUAAUAACUUGAAAUAAUGUGUUUAAAGAAUUUGAGUGUUCUAUCAUUAAAUUAUUUACUUAAUGUGAGUCUAUGAUGAGUUUCAUUUAAGUACUUUAUGUCUGUGCUGAGAAUCAACAGUAGGAAUGUUAAGGAGUUAUGUAUAGUGAUAUUUCCAGGUGGUGGUUUUAUUGUAGGAGGCAUUUUUCAUCAGCAAGAUUCUGGAUGUAAAAUAAUCUCACUGUAGACAAGUUUACAAAAAUACAUGAAGCUUGUAAAUGCUACAAUUAGGAAAUGGUCCUCUAGAAUUAACACUUUCUUUUGCAUCUGCAUCCUCCAUUUUUUAAAACACUUAAAUUUCUUGGUGUUAAGUUUUGAAUAAUUCUAUUCCAAGUUAGUAAAAUCUAUUUAAGAAAACCAGUAUCAUUCUGAUGUUUCUUGCAUUCUUUAAAGAAUAAUUCAUUUUGGGUUCUAAGAAAGCAGUAUCCCUGGAGGCCCAAACAAAUUUUCUUUAUAUGAGCAAAAUGAGGAUUGUGUGGCAACUCAUGACUGCCAGACAUUUUGAUGAGUCUUGGAGGAUUAGGUUAUAGAUUUUUUAAAAAGUUCUUAAAAUUUUGUUUUCUUCCCUCAUUACCAGUAUUGAAAAAAGACUUCAUUGAACCAGCUCUCCCUGUGCCCCCUCCCCUACCACCAUUUGCCUAAAUCUACCAACAAUAUACCUUCUGGAUUUAUCGCUGCUAGAAUGCAACCCAUUCUGCCAUAACUGUGCUUCUGUGACUCAAAUUAUAGGGAAUGAUGUCGCAAUAACAUGGAAAAACUUGGAAGCAUGCUCUAUGAUGAUCUUUUCCUUCAUAGGAAGCCAGAUUAGGGGGAGGAAUGAAAAAAGCCUGGAGUUGGACUACAGUGGGCAUUAACUAUUGGAAACCUUUUUUGGGAUACUUAGGGGAGAAAAAGAGCAGCCAGCCCACCCAGCAGCUUUGCAGGCUUUUGGCUGGUCCAGGUUGCAUUCUUUUGUGCCCGCUGUAGUUCAGAGUUUUAUUCUCAUCGGUGUCACUUUGGCAUUCACAGCCCUUCUUGAUAUAUUUCCAUGGAAAAAGAAAAAAACACUGUCCUAGAUUCCACACUUCUGAGUUGCUGCCCCAAGCAAUCAAGUGGUUAGUGUGCUUGUUACAAAGUUGUUUAGUUGGGAGUGGUCUGCUCCAAACCCCCAACCCUUCUAUGUUCACAAACUUUUUUAGUGUGUGCUUUUUGCAGACAGCAGUGUCUUUCAAGAAUGAGUUAUAUAGCCAAUGCCCUGCAUAAAGAUACUUAUGUCAGUGAGGGACCACGUAUAUAAUGGUGGUCCCAUAAGUUACUGCUUAGUGACACUGUGGUGAUUGUCGUAGUUUAUGCAAGCACAUGAUGAUGUUUGCACAGCGUGGGAAUUGCCUAAUGAUGCUGUCCUUAGAAUGUGCCUCGUUAAGCCAUGUGUGACUCUACUGUGUUUUAGCAGGGACACUGGUUUUAUUGCUACCUUUUAUUUCCUGAUGAAUUCAACUUGGUCUAGAUUGUUGAGAGCCUUGCCAAAAAAAGAAAAUUUCAAAUAAGGAUAAUUUCAAUAAAGUCAAAAUAGGACUCUCUUCAAGGACAAUCAUGGCCUUAGGAUACAGUGGCGAGGGAAGGUGCUUAGCAUAAAGUAACAGCAUCAAAGAGAGAAUGAUCCCUGUAGAUACAGGGCUAACCAGUUUGUGUAAUGAAAAAGUGAUUUUCUUUCACAGAGUUCCCCAAACUUAUGUGAAGUUGGUUGUGAGCAGAGGUGGUAAGCUUUAAAAUAAAUCUAGAUUACUCAAUAUUUCUUUUCUUUCUU